UCUAUGGUCUUAGAUUUAGUAAGACAACACGAAAAAUCGAAAAUUUAAUUUUCCUAUUCAAUGUAAGGGAUUACUAUCGUGUUUUCGUGUUUUCAAGGGUAUUUUAGUUUUAUCAAAGAAGUACCUAUGGCUGUAACUUUAAGAAAAUCAACGGAACUGUUCACAGUUGCAAAAUGGUUAACGCGCAGAGACUGCCGCACUUUGUCUUCACUACCGGAGAAGGCCAAACUCGCGUCACUUGAGGUGACUGAAAAAGCUGAGACGUCUAGGCGUAGACCUAAAAAGGUGAAUCCUUUGUUGGAGAAUAGACAUGCCUACCCCGAAUUUCUGCCUGAUCCGAACCCUAAAUGGCGUAAUUCCUUGCGAGAAAAGUUGGAAAGGGCGGAUAUGUUGAAACGUAGAAAUCAGAUUGACAUACCUGAGUUUUAUGUUGGGUCUAUCUUGGCAGUAACAAUAGCUGAUCCUCAUUCACAAGGCAAGACCAAUAGGUUUGUUGGAAUAUGUAUUGAGAGAAAAGGCUGUGGAUUGCGAGCUGAGUUUACUCUAAGGAAUGUUGUUGAUCAUCAAGGAGUUGAGGUACGCUAUGAUCUAUAUGAUCCAACAAUACACAAGAUUCAAGUGUUACGUGUUGAAAAGCGUCUUGAUGAUAAAUUAUUUUAUCUGCGUGAUGCUUUGCCAGAGUAUAGCACUUUUUCAUUUGAUAUGGACCCGGAAAUACUACCUGAAGGAACUCCAGUACCCAUCAAUCCAGUGAAGGUUGAACUUAAACCAAAACCAUGGCUUGAACGAUGGGAGCGACAAGAAUUGCAAGGAAUUUCUAAUAUUGAACAGUAUUUGACAAAAAAAGAUAAAGUGAGAAGAGAACUAAGAAAAACACCCUGGGAAAAAUAUGAUUUGAUGAAGCAAUACAGGAAAACUAUUCCAAUUGAGGAACAGACUGAUAUUUGGUCUGAAGUGAACAGUCAAUUACAGCAGUUACAACUAGCGCGCAAGAAAUCAACAAGGAAACGCACCUUUAGUGCCCCUAAAACGCAACUUGGUUGAAAAAUAUAAGAAAGUAGAAAAAAUAGAAAUGGUUAUUAAUUAGGACAAUAAAAUAUGCUAAAGUU